CACCGCAUCCCGUUCAGGUCACCUUAGCGCUCGUCUACCGGCAUUUUCCAUCUCCCGUCUCCGAAGAUGAUACCUGGCAAACGAAGAGCUGCAGUCAUGUCCUUCUCCUUGGCGGUAUUUGGAGCGCUCAUGCUGCAGUCCGUCUCAUCCCAGAACGCGGGCUUCGUGAAAUCUCCUCUCUCUGAAACCAAGCUCACAGGGGACACCUUUGAGCUGUACUGUGACGUGGUGGGAAACCCCACGCCAGAAAUCCAGUGGUGGUACUCUGAGAUCAACCGAGCCGAUUCCUUCCGGCAGCUGUGGGACGGCGCCCGUAAGCGGCGGGUGUCCAUCAACACAGCCUAUGGUGCCAACGCGGUUAGCGUGUUGGGGGUCACUCGUGUGAUGCUGGACGAUUCCGGGACCUACGAGUGCAGAGCGAGCAAUGACCCGCGGCGUAACGACCUGCACCAAAAUCCAGCCACUACCUGGAUCCGUGCUCAGGCCACCAUAACGGUGCUACAGAAGCCGUCAAUCACCGCCUCUGAACAAACCACACUUCCCCUCCUGGAAGGCGACUCUUUCACACUGCAGUGCAACCUGACCAGCGCCCACAGCGUCCACCAGGAGAGCUACUGGAUGAAGAACGGGGAGGAGAUCCCGGAAACGCGCGGCCCAAACAGGAACACGGAGUACAAGGUGAAAAGACCAAGAGGAGACGAUGCCGGAGUGUACAUGUGUGUCUACACCUUCGAGAUGACUCCUCCAGCCAACGCGACCAUCGAGGUUAAAUCUGCUCCUGACAUCACGGGCCACAAGCGUAGUGAGAAUAAGAAUGAGGGUCAGCGUGCUAUACUCUACUGCAAGUCUGUAGGCUACCCUCACCCUGUGUGGACCUGGCGCAAAUUCGAAAAUGGCGUUUAUAGGGAAGUUGACAACACCACUGGCCGCUUCUUCGUCAGCAGCAGAGACAAUUACACCGAGCUCCACAUCGUGGACCUGGACAUUGGUUUGGACCCGGGCGAGUACAGCUGCAACGCCACCAACAUGAUCGGCUCCCGCGAGGAGAAGUCUGUGCUGAGGGUCCGCAGCCACCUGGCCCCCUUAUGGCCUCUCCUGGGGGUUUUGGCUGAGAUCAUCAUCCUGGUCAUCAUCAUAGUGGUUUAUGAGAAGCGCAAGAAGCCCGACGAUUUACAAGACGAUGAUGACCCAGCAGGACCUGUGAAAACUAAUUCAACCAACAACCACAAGGACAAGAACCUCCGCCAGAGGAACACAAACUGAGCAGCCUGUCUGCUGAGUUUCAUCCAACAAUGACCACAUGAAGGUAAACAAGAAGGGAAUCCAUAGCCGUUUUUUCAAAGGAUUUAUCUGCAGUUUAAAGUAUGGGUGUGAAGGAGUCGAGUGAGGCAUGCCUUAUGAUUUUGAUGUGUGAGGGUGCGAGGUCAGGAGGUACGCUAAUGUUAACAUUAUAACCAUUGUUGCUGCAUGCAGGUGUUGAUGUUUAUGAUUUUGACAUUUAUCCAAUGAUUUGACAUUUCUACUACUUCUAAAAUAAUGCAUGCAAGAUGUUGACCUUCUGUUUGAAGGCAGAGAUGUUUUUUUUUUCUUUCUUGGUUUGUUUUUUUUGGGGGGUUGCUCUUUCCUCUUGAGAGCAGCUUCAUGUAGAUAAUUUUCUGUGCAAAAACAAAACUCAGCAAUGUAAAAGAAAAUGCCACCCUAAUCUGGUAUGACAGUCGUGUAUAGUUUUAUCAUUCUGCUGCAUACCAUUUUAUAAGUUUAUCAUUUGAUCUGACUAUAUCUAUUCUAUUUAAGGGCUUUGCAAUGUCCCUCUAAUAAGUUUGGUUAAGGUUGACCUUACUGUAUGUACUGUAUGUGUUAAAUCACUGUAACAAUGUAUCAGAUCACCUAUGAUAUCAAGACUAAGACUAUUCAUAUAAUAUGAUGCACUUCAAUGUUGAGAAUAACAAACAACUGUAUAAAGCUACUUUAGGAGAUCUGUACUAAUCAUUUGAACAUGUUGUUUAAUAAUUAUGUGUAUUGUACAGCAUGGCUAUUAUCCUAUGCAACUAUUAUCCAUAUCAGUAUAUUGAAAAUCAUUGCAGCUUUUGAUUUCUAUGUGACAAAGCUUUAAACUAGUAGGAUCACGGUAGAGCGCUGACGGCAUACAUACUGCACAGCUGCAUGAAUUCUCUCCAGCUGACAUGGGAGGCGGAGAAAAAGGCGCCCACGUCAGGACUGACACAUGUGAAGCAAUUGCAAGAUCGCGACUCAUUUUUAAGAAUAAAAAUCUGGAAAAAGAGA